AUGUCAGUGAACGCCGCAGUCCAAACGGAUCCCUGUCUAUGUUGUUUACCCCCUCGCCAUUGUCCCCCGCGCAUUAAAGCGCAUCGUGUCAGGAAGCCGUCCGGCAUUGCGCCCGCCGCUUUCACUGUCAGGAAGCCGUCCGGCAUUGCGCCCGCCGCUUUCACUGUCAGGAAGCCGUCCGGCAUUGCGCCCGCCGCUUUCACGCCGACACGUAUCAUGGAUGGCGUCGGCUUUUCGGAGACGAGAAGAGGAGAAGGUCUCGUCCUGGAUGGCGCGACGUCAACGUCCACGAGUGCCGCGGCGGUCAGCGGCGGCGGCGACAGUUCGUCGACAUCGUCAGAGUCUUCGCGCCGGACGCCCCGGAGCGUCUUCGCCUUACCCCAAGGCGAACCGGUACGGCCCAUCGACCCCGCCUCCUGGGUGUGGCACACGGCCGCCGUGACGGGGAUGCUCCUCCCUCCUUACGGUGAGGACGAGCGCCUCAGCGCGGACGGCGACAUGGCGAGGGUGGCGGCGGCCAUGCUUAAAGCGGAUUCCGGCGUGGCGCGCCGGCCGCGGACGUGGCUGAAGGUGGUCCUGCCCGACGCCUUCACGGGAAGCGAGGCGGUGGGUUGGCUCCGUCGGAACGUGUCUGGUGCCGGCGGGCGGGCGGAGGCCCGCCGCUACGCCGCCCGGCUGCUGGAGAACGGCUUCAUCCGGCACGCCGUCGACACCCGCGCGCGCAAGGGAUUCUCGCAAAAGCGAUACUACGUCGCGGGAGGCUCGGCGCCGGCGGGGGACGAGCGCGACCCGGGAUGGACGACCGGGCUCCGGACGCCGGCUCGGCCUUGACCUCGACCGCGAGGGAGGGACUCUUGGGAGCGCCAGCCAGGCGGCCUCGCAUUUUUUCAAAGUGCGUUUUCCACAAAUACUGCAAUGGGAGCAAAUUGUCAUCUCCUUUGCCGAAUGACUCAAAGAAAAAGGCGGUCUCAAGGUUUUUUUUAAAGUGUGAGUAGUGCUCGUUGUACAGAUCUCUGAUAUCAACUGCGUGAAUUUGAAGUAGCUUCCUGUUUAAAAAAAAUAAAAAUGUCAAAAUACUUGCUUACUUUUUUUGGUGCAAUUUUCUCACUUGAAAACACGACCGAUAUGAUAUCUUUUUUACACAUUGAACUCAUUGGCUGUCAUUGGUCCCAUCCAUUUGGACCGGCGGCCCAUGCGUAGAUUUCAUAAUGAUGUUGACAGGGCUCGGGGCCGAUUAAUAGGGGGCCUGUGUUGUUGGCGUGGCCGUCAAAGCUGACCGAGUGUGUAAACAGAGCUUUUCCGGUGAAAAUUCGUGCGAAUAAAUGCUUACAUCCCCAAAUUCUUUAUAGAUAUGGACGUAAAACAGUCUCGAUUCUUGGUUAAAAGCAAAAAAAAAAACCUAUGUCAAGUUCAAAUACAAAGCCUUAGGUAGACAUUUAUAAUAUUACCCAAAAUAAGGAGAGAAGGCACUCAAUUUAGUUGAAAAGCUUGCAAGAAGAAAGAGGGGGAAACUAUACAGCUUCCGCAAUCAUUCUGCCUAGCCCCUCCUUCACCUGGCUUUUCAUUUGGGAUGGCCCUAGAAAGAGACGCCCUAAAAGGGAAAAAGGGGAAGCAAGCCCUUGUCUUUGUUUGGCUAUGUGUGUGCAUGUACUGUAGGUGGAAUUAUAUACAUACUGUAUGUGUCAGCACAUUUCAGCAAAGCAAAGCAAAGCAGCUUCUUCUGCCCUUGACCAGGCAAGACAUAACAUUCUUUCUAUGUGAACAAUAAUAAUAAGCAAAAGCAUUUCUUCAUUGCGGGCAGCAAUUGAUAAAAGCAAAUAUAUACCGUACUGGCCCGAAUAUAAAACGGCCCUGAUUAUA